AUGUCUUCAAAUCCGGAACGCGAUAAGAAUCCCAACAAUCAUAGCGACUCAUCAGACCCCGAGAAUCGGAACCCCUUCAUAAAGUUCAGGCAGUUUGCCGACGCCCAAAUCGGCUCACUUCUGCAAGGCAUCGUGGGACUCCCUUCUGCCUUCUCAAAGGAUCCGUCCCACCACAAUACACGGUGGGCAGACUUCGACCAAGAACUUCGGCGACGUGAUGAGCUCCAGGCGCGGCAGCGGCAAUUGAAGGAAGCGGAUCCCGGGCGGCCGAAUCAACAUCAGCAGAUAUCUGAGGAGGAACGCGAGGAGGAGAUACCAGUCAAAACGUGGCAGGCACGGGAAACCAGCUCGAAUACCAAUAGAGACACAUCAGGAGAAAUGGACGAAAACGCAGCAAGAGACAUACCGCUCUAUUCUCCAGUCAGCAAGUCGCUGUUCGCGCAUUUGCAUCAUUGUGGCGACAAUGAACCGGACUGGAAGCCGUCCAAUUUCUGGAAUUCCCUCACAGGACGCCUACUCCCCGAGUACUGGCCAUUCAAAUUACGAGCCGAGCAAUGUUCUUCGGACGCCAUGAGAACCAUACAGUACCUAGCGUACAAUGAACUGAACGGCACCCAAACAUUCUGCUCCGAUUACUCGUUGCUCCCAUACCUUCUAUUCUCCCCAUAUUCGCCAGUGAAACUGUCCACGAGUACGCAGCCUGGGCUAUCCUCCAUUCCAUGGGACCUUGCCUUUGAGGACCUCAUACGGACAACACAUGGCAGCCCUGUUUCCUCGUCCUCAUUGCAGCCUUCAUUCUUCCAUUUCCACCCUGCGAUGGUAAGAGCAGAUAAGGCUGUACACGGAAUGUCCUGGAUACAGAAGUUAUACGAGUCCAACCUGUUGCAGCAGAAGGAGGCCAGAAUGGUACAACAGCGCGUGUACUGGCCCAGCCCGUGGUCUCGACCAUCCUUGGAAACGGUUAAAUCAGGCGACAAUGAAGGCGAGACUGAGCAGGACAUGUAUGACCACUUCCUGCGCUGGGUCUCGUCGCCCACAGCUGUUGUGGACGCUGUCGGUUCGGUCUUCAAAGAUAGUGACGGUCUGUUCAAUAAGUUAAUGGCUCUUGAUACUCCAGAAGGGAAGCAAGCGCUUCGAGAAAUGCUCGAUUCGAAAGUAGCAAAAAGCGUGACAGAGAUGCUAGAAGAGUUAGAGAGACUUGGCAGCGCGUCUCGAUCAAGGGAAGGGCAGGAUGACACCGUCUUUAAGACGUCAACCAAACCUUCUCCGUUACAAGAUAGACCCAAUUCCGUCUUGUCGACCGAUUCCCCUCAAGAGAAAAAUAGAGUAGUUUCCACGAGCACCUCUUCAGAGCGUAGGACGAACGAGGAUGGAUCGGUAGAGACGACUGUCACUGUUUGGAAGCGGUUUGCGGAUGGCCGAGAGUCGUGUACUACUACUCAUCACUGCGAGGAUCCGGCAGCGAUCAUGGACUGGGAAGGGGCCCAAGUAGAGAAGCAGCCAGUGGAAAACACAGAACGCAAGACCAAAAGGGGCUGGUUUUGGAACUGA